AUUUUCUAUAUUUUCUAAUUCCAUAGCAAAUUUGUUCAGUUCUGAUUACAUGGUGUUUGCUAUAAAUAUACGGUUAUCAAGAUCUAUCUUCUUUGUUUGUAGAAAAUGUUGUGCAAAGUAUUAUUCGAUGUCAUUUUAACAUUGCACUUUGUUAUAUGAACUGUGAACGGUGAACGUUAUCGAGAAGUAAUGGCAGUGUCUACAGAAAAUAUUGUUAGUGGCAAGAAGGGGAAUCCGUGUAUGCAAUGGUUGGUGGCUAUGCUAGCGAAUACCACACUCCUAACAUAUGGGUUUCAAGCGGGAUGGGUGUCACCGAUGACAAAAGUUUUACAAUCAGAGGAUUCGCCGGCCGGUUAUCCGUUGUCCGACUAUGAAAUAUCAUGGAUAGCAAGCUCUCUUUGUAUAGCGGCGACGGUUGGAGUCUCUCUAUUCGCAUAUAUCGUUGACAGAUAUGGAAGGAAAGUAGCAAUUUUAAUAAUGGCUGUCUUGCAAGCGCUAUGUUGGAUAAUGAAGUUAUCCUCAGCACACAUAGCAGUAUUAAUCACAGCUCGGUUGUGUGCUGGGCUCUCUGCCGGCGGUUGUUACAACGUAGUACCAAUGUACGUCAGGGAAAUAAGCCAGGAUGACAUAAGAGGGGUGCUCGGAUCCUUCAUAAUUCUGUUUCAAAAUAUUGGAAUACUGGCAAUGUUUGCGAUGGGAGCGUACCUGAAUUACUACACUGUGUUGUGGAUCGUGGUUUGGGUACCAGUGUUAACUAUACUACUGAUGUUAAAGGCACCUGAGUCACCAGCCUUUUUGGUAAAACGUGAAAAAAUUGAGGAGGCGGCGUCAACUAUAGCGUUUCUCCGAAAAUUAGAAGUCACCGACAAAGUUAUACAAAACGAAAUUGACUACAUGAAAAAUGAAGAGCUGACUUAUAAUUCACUGCCGAAUAUUUCUUUCAUAAGUUUAUUCAAGAAAGAGACAUGGCGUCGUGGUUUCAUCCUCAUCUUGAUUUUGGUGACAUUUCAAACAAACAGCGGUAACUUUGCCACUUUGACGUAUUCGCCCGCCAUUAUGAAAUCAGCCGGCGUCACGUGGAACCCAGAGCUACAGACGUUGAGUUUCCCCGCAGUUAUGAUCCUUGCCUCGUUUAUCUCUAUGAGUUGUGUGGAAAAGUUUGGACGAAAACCUAUCAUCAGCGUAACGUUUGCUGUAGCAAUUUUGGCUCAUGCAGUGUUGGGAACAACAAUGUUACUCCAAUCUCAAGGAGGUGCUACACCUGGAUGGCUGCCCGUGUUGGCUAUUGUGUUGUACGUCUUUGUAUACGCUGGUGGAAUUUCACCUAUGCCAUACAUUAUAAUGGCAGAAAUGUUUAAUUUUCAAAUACGCGCAAAAGUAAUGGGUUGUUUAGUGACAUACGCGUGGUUCAUGUCCUUUCUCCAGUUGGCUUCGUUUACGGCCGUUGCGAACUUUCUUGGGGUAUACUCUGUGGUUUAUUGUUACGCCGGUAUCAACCUCUGUGGGGCUUUAGUCAGCUUAAUAUUCUUACCAGAGACAAAAGGUAAAUCUGCCGAGCAAAUAGAAAUGGAUCUAUUAGCGAAUACCACAAUCCUCACAUAUGGAUUUCAAGCGGGAUGGGUGUCACCGAUGACAAAAGUUUUACAAUCAGAGAACUCCCCUUCUGGUUACCCGUUGUCAGAUUAUGAAAUAUCGUGGAUAGCCAGUGCCAUCUGCUUAGCAGCCGUAUUUGGUGUCUCUUUAUUCACAUACAUCGUCGAUAAAUAUGGAAGAAGAGUUGCAGUUCUACUGAUAGCUGCGUUUCAAGCGCUUUCAUGGAUAUUAAAACUAUCUUCAGCACAUAUAGUAGUUUUAAUCACAGCCAGACUCCUUGCUGGACUCGGUGCCGGAGGUUGUUACAACGUAGUACCAAUGUACGUCAGGGAAAUAAGCCAGGAUGACAUAAGAGGGGUGCUAGGAUCCUUCAUAAUACUCUUCCAAAAUAUUGGUACUAUGGCAAUGUUUGCGAUGGGAGCGUACUUGAAUUACUACACUAUAUUAUGGAUCAUCGUUUGGGUGCCCGUGUUAACUAUGAUAUUGAUGGUAAAAGCACCUGAGUCACCAGCCUUCUUAGUGAAAAGGGGGAAAAAUGAUGAAGCUGCCAAAACAAUAGCGUUUCUGAGACGAUUAGAUGUCAAUGACAAAAGAAUACAGACAGAAAUUGACUUCAUGAAAAAUGAAGAACUCACUUAUAACUCACUGCCGAAGAUUUCUUUCAAAAGUAUAUCCUCUCAUCAUCAUAUCGUUUGCAGUGGCUGUCGUGUCGCACAUAAUCCUGGCUACGACAAUGCUGGUUCAGCACCAAGGAAGUUCUACACCAGGGUGGUUGCCAGUGAUAGCAAUCGUAACAUUUUUCGCCGUCUACGCUGGCGGGAUUUCGCCAAUGCCGUACAUCAUUAUGACCGAGAUGUUUAAUUUUCAAAUACGAGCAAAGGUUAUGGGUGGUCUCGUCACACAUGCGUGGUUCAUGUCCUUCGUCGAGCUUCUCUCCUUUACAGCCAUAGCGGACUUUUUGGGAACAUACUCUGUGAUCUACAUCUAUGCUGGACUAAACCUCGUUGGACUUAUCGUCAGUGUUAUAUUCUUGCCAGAAACCAAAGG